GCUCGGGCGACCUGAAUCCAUUCUCCCCCAAAUCCCAAUCCGUUUUCCUCUUCUCCUGCUUCGCCAUGGCGCUGACAUGAGCGUUCGGCUCCCACGACCACGAGCCUCCAUGGCCACCACCGCCGCGCUCCCCUUCCACCCAACCCCUCGCCGGAAGCUCCCGCCUGCCAGCGCCGGCGCCUCCCUGAGGCAGCUCUGCAAGGACGGCGACCUGCGGGAGGCCCUCCGCCAGCUCGCCGCCCGCUCGGCGCGCGGGCGCGCCCCUCCUCCCACGGACCACUAUGGCUGGGUCCUCGACCUCGUCGCCGUCAGGAGGGCCGUCUCGGAGGGCAGGCAGUUGCACGCGCACGCGGUGGCCACGGGCGCCCUGGGCGAUGAUGACGCGGGGUUCCUCGCGACCAAGCUGCUGUUCAUGUACGGCAAGUGCGGGCGCCUCCCGGAUGCCCACCGCCUGUUCGACGGGAUGCCCGCCCGGACCGUCUUCUCAUGGAACGCGCUCAUCGGGGCGUGCCUGUCGUCCGGGGGCGCCGGCGAGGCCGUGGGCGUCUACCGGGCGAUGCGGGCGUCGGAGCCCGUGGCGGGGGCGGCGCCCGACGGGUGCACGCUCGCGUCCGUGCUCAAGGCGUGCGGCGCGGAGGGGGACGGGAGGUGCGGGAGCGAGGUGCACGGGCUGGCGGUGAAGAGCGGCCUCGACCGGAGCACGCUCGUGGCCAAUGCGCUCGUCGGGAUGUACGCCAAGUGCGGCCUCUUGGAUUCGGCGCUGCGGGUGUUCGAGUGGAUGCGCGACGGGAGGGAUGUGGCCUCAUGGAACUCGGCUAUAUCAGGCUGCGUGCAGAACGGGAUGUUCUUGGAGGCUCUCGACCUGUUCCGACGGAUGCAGAGCGACGGCUUCAGUAUGAAUUCUUACACAACCGUUGGUGUGCUACAGGUCUGUGCAGAGCUUGCUCAGCUGAACCAUGGAAGGGAGCUACAUGCAGCGCUUCUGAAAUGCGGUACCGAGUUCAAUAUCCAAUGCAAUGCCUUGCUUGUCAUGUAUGCAAGAUGCGGUUGGGUGGAUAGCGCUCUCAGAGUAUUCCGUGAGAUUGGUGACAAGGACUACAUAUCAUGGAACUCAAUGCUCUCCUGUUAUGUCCAAAAUAGGCUAUAUGCUGAGGCCAUCGAUUUUUUUGGCGAAAUGGUACAGAAUGGUUUCAAUCCUGAUCAUGCUUGCAUUGUGAGCUUAUUGUCUGCAGUGGGUCAUUUGGGUAGGUUAAUCAAUGGCAGGGAGGUUCACGCAUAUGCUGUUAAGCAAAGGCUUGAUAGUGAUUUGCAGAUAGCUAAUACAUUGAUGGACAUGUACAUAAAGUGCUACUCCGUGGAGUGCUCCGCCCGUGUAUUUGACAGGAUGAGGAUUAAGGACCAUGUGUCAUGGACAACAAUCAUUGCCUGUUACGCGCAAAGUUCUCGGUAUUCUGAGGCAAUCGGAAAGUUUAGAACAGCACAGAAAGAGGGCAUUAAGGUGGAUCCUAUGAUGAUGGGAAGCAUUUUGGAAGCAUGCAGUGGUUUGAAAAGCAUCUCACUGUUAAAGCAAGUGCACUCUUAUGCUAUUAGAAAUGGCUUGCUUGACUUGAUACUGAAGAAUAGAAUCAUAGAUAUAUAUGGAGAGUGUGGAGAGGUUUGCUAUGCGCUUAAUAUAUUUGAAAUGUUAGACAAAAAGGACAUUGUUACCUGGACUAGUAUGGUAAACUGUUUUGCGGAGAAUGGGCUGUUACAUGAAGCUGUUGCCUUGUUUGGCAAGAUGCUGAAUGCAGGCAUCCAACCCGAUUCUGUAGCACUAGUUGGUAUUCUGGGAGCAAUUGCUGGAUUGUCAUCCUUGACAAAAGGAAAGGAAAUUCAUGGUUUCCUUAUCAGAGGUAAAUUUCCCGUGGAAGGUGCUGUGGUUAGCUCCCUUGUGGACAUGUAUUCUGGUUGUGGAAGCAUGAACUACGCUCUCAAAGUUUUUGAUGAGGCGAAGUGUAAAGAUGUUGUUCUCUGGACAGCGAUGAUUAAUGCUACUGGGAUGCAUGGGCAUGGCAAGCAAGCCAUAUAUAUUUUCAAGAGAAUGCUGGAAACAGGUGUAUCUCCUGAUCAUGUUUCUUUUCUUGCUCUACUCUAUGCCUGUAGUCAUUCAAAACUUGUCGAUGAGGGUAAAUUUUAUCUGGAUAUGAUGGUAAGCAAAUACAAGUUACAACCAUGGCAGGAACAUUAUGCCUGUGUAGUUGAUCUUCUUGGUCGCUCAGGACAGACCGAAGAAGCUUACAAGUUCAUUAAAUCUAUGCCUUUGGAACCAAAAUCUGUGGUGUGGUGUGCACUCCUUGGGGCAUGUCGUAUACACAAGAACCAUGAGCUUGCUAUGAUUGCAACUGAUAAACUUCUUGAGUUGGAACCAGAUAACCCAGGUAAUUAUGUCCUUGUAUCAAAUGUUUUCGCCGAAAUGGGCAAGUGGAAUAAUGUCAAGGAGAUUAGAACCAAGAUGACAGAACAGGGUUUGAGAAAAGACCCAGCAUGCAGCUGGAUUGAGAUAGGAAACACUGUCCACACUUUCACUGCAAGAGAUCACUCUCACAGAGACUCACAGGCUAUUCAUCUCAAACUUGCCGAGAUAACUGAAAAACUGAGAAGAGAAGGUCAGUAUGUCGAGGAUACUAGUUUUGUUCUGCAUGAUGUGAGCGAAGAAGAGAAGAUAGAUUUGCUGCAUAGGCACAGCGAGAGGCUUGCGAUAUCGUUUGGUUUGAUCAGCACUGCCUCAGGUACACCUCUAAGGAUUGCCAAGAACCUCAGAGUUUGCGGCGAUUGCCAUGAGUUCACCAAGCUAGUGUCCAAGCUAUUUGAAAGGGAAAUUGUGGUCCGAGACGCCAACAGAUUCCAUCAUUUCAGUGGAGGCACUUGUUCUUGCGGUGACUUCUGGUGAGUGGCCUUAGACAGUUAGAUUGUAGAAGUAUAGAACAUUGAUAGCAAGAAUGGUGAAGAGGUUAGAACAAAGGCACAUGAGUGAUGAACUGGCUGAGAAUGGGGAAGAAAAGAAGAAGAGAGAAAUGGCUUGUCCUGCUCCCUGACAAAUAGGAUCUCGUUUGCCGCCCAUUCCGGAUUGAGUUUAUUCACCAUCUGUUUUUCAUCUCUAGAUGGAUCAUAGAGCAACUGAGGAAGAGUCUGAAUGGCACGAGGACUUGUGAUUUAUAGCGUCAAAAUGUAAAACGAUGUAAAGGAUUCUUUUCUGUAAAAUUUCAAUAGCUGAUUCCUUUCACUGUUCAUAAUCACUUGAGUUGAGAGGCCUUCUCUCAGUUAGCGUUCAUAUGUCA